GGAUCUCUGCCUUCAGACGGUGCCGAGGCGCACCGACACGCUCACGUACGGCUCUUGAUCCACGGACCGACUCUUCAGCCUGCCGCGCUCUCCUGCCGGCUCCUCACCUCGGUCCACAGUCACCAGAAUUGAUCACUACCAGACAGCCCACAUCCCACCUGAAAGUUAGGCGCGUUUGGGCAGGUGCAAUGCAGCAAAAAGCUCAUUUUCUCCGCUGGUGUCGACGGUAGAUUUACUCUUCAAGCAGGUUUCCUGAGAGUGGCCAUCUCCUGUGAGAUUUCUCAAGAAAGAGAAGAUAAACACUGGAGGGACGCGGGGAGCUUUUUGGAAUCACAAGUUUGGACUAUGCACAUACUAAAAGAACAACAACCCAAAUGUUAACAUAACAUAACAGAAAUGGGAACACAUCACAGCAUAAUGUAGUUCUUUCUGGCUUCCUCCAUGCAACAUCUUUGCUUGGCUGAUUUCGUUGGCCGAGACUGAAGGACCAAUGGAGCAGGUCAUGGAAGAUCUGAACCUCUCCUUCCUGCUGGAACAUGAAAGAGAAAUGAUCCUGAAGGUGCUGCAGAAAGACGAGAAAGUGAGGAAAAGAGAGGAGAAGAGAAUACGGAAGCUGAAGAAUGAAUUGCUGGAGAUCAAACGGAGAGGUUCCCGUCGGCCUCAGCAGUCGGGGGAGCGACAGUGUGCUCGCUGCACUAAGACUUUGGGCCUGAUCUUUGACCGUGGAGAGCUCUGUGAGGAGUGUCAGCUGCGUGUCUGCAAUGACUGCCGCAUUACAACUCCUAAGAGACGUCAGUGGAAGUGUAACGUUUGUGCCAAGAUCUCGGAGCUGAAGGUUGUUACAGGAGAGUGGUUCCUGGAAGAGAGGUCCAAGCGCUUUGAGCAGAGAGUGCUGAGCAGUGACAUGGUUAAACAGACAAUCAUGAGCAGCCCGACAACCUCAGACAAAAAGUCUACAGAGAACUUGUCAGUUGCUUCUGAGCCAGAGAGACCUGACACGCCAAAAUCCAGCAGAGGUGUAUUACACAAUGUUGUGGACGGUAUGAGAAAGAAAGGAAGGAUGAAGCUGGAUAAAAAAGGCAUCAGGCCCAACUUGAAGCCAGAGAACGGAGUCGACAACAUCAGUGUCAAAUCUGUCCCAGAUGUUGAAGCUCAGAGUGUACGAAGUGGUCCCUCUGCUCCGAGUCCACGUUCAAACAGUGGUGGUGCGGUGGCUUUGGAGUCCUCAGGGAUGCCGACUGUACCCAAUAACAUGCGUUCACAAACUCUGGACAGAUCCUCCACUCCCAGCGACAACCGGAGGGUCAGGCCUGACGGAGCAGAGAGUGUUGCCAGUUUACACUCCAGCGACAGUGAGAAGAAAGCUGCCAGCAAUCACAGGAAGAAUUCUGGCGCUCCGACCAUUUCUGUUUCCAGGGCUUCGGUCUCUUCAGAUCACAGUCGCUCAGAGAUGGACCUGUCAGCUCCUGGUUCUGAACCCAGUGACGACGCCUUCAGUCUCAGAAGCCGUUCAGUCCCCGGGCUUAAUGAAACAGAGUUUUCUGAUGAGGACGCGGAGGAAGACAUUGAUGCCCUGAUGUCAGCCCACAGCCAGACUCCCGGCCGACGUCUCAGCGUUGCAGUGUCAACGAGUAGCAUAAACAGCAUGAUGAGCAUGUACAGUGAGACUGGUGACUAUGGCAACGCCAGGGUGAGUGGUGAGAUCCUGCUGAAAAUCAGCUACAGCUACAAAACAGGCGCUCUCAAUGUCCUGGUGAAAGAGUGUCACAACCUGGCAACAGGAGAUGAGAGGAGGCAACGCACAGAUGCUUAUGUGAAGACUUACCUGCUCCCAGAUACAUCACGGCAGAGCAAGAGGAAGACGAGCAUGAAGGCCAACACCAUUAACCCUGUUUUCAAUGAGAAUCUGAGGUACGUGAUCAGCCACUCGCAGCUGGAGACACGAACACUGCAAGUCUCUGUGUGGCACCACGAUCGAUUUGGACACAACAGCUUCCUGGGAGAAGUGGAGCUGACCUUUGACUCCUGGGAGUUUGAUUCCCAAAUAGAGGAGUGGUACGCUCUGCAGCCCAAGUUGGAGAGCAGUAUCGACUCCACAAUGCAGUACAAAGGAGAACUGACCGUCGUGUUGAAGUAUAUACCUGCAGAGAAGAACCUCACGCUGCCGCUGGACCAAGUACAAGUGAAGAAAGGCUUCCUGAAAGGCAAGAAGACGAGCAGCUUCACGCUUCCUAAAGGGGGCAUGGUUGAGCUGUUAGUCAAAGGAGCCAAAAACUUAACUGCUGUCAAGUCUGGAGGAACCUCUGACCCUUUUGUUAAAGGAUACCUGCUCCCUGACAGCAACAAGUCAACCAAGCACAAGACAGCAGUGGAGCGACGCACAGUGAACCCACAGUGGAACCACACCUUCACGUACUGUGGCCUGCAGCCAGGAGACCUCAACAACGUCUGCCUGGAGCUCACUGUGUGGGACAAGGAGGCUCUGGCCAGCAAUGUCUUCCUGGGAGGAGUCAGGCUGGGAGCUGGAACAGGCAAAAGUUACGGGAACGAGGUAGACUGGAUGGACUCAUACGGAGAGGAACAGCGGCUGUGGCAACGCAUGAUUGAAAACCCAGAAGUCCCUCAUGAGUGUACUCUUAUGCUGCGUUCCAGCAUGCGCAAGUGCAAUACAUGAGCCGGGCCGAAGCACAAACAGAGAGAAUAAAAGAGAAAAAAGGGAAAAAGUGGUGAAGGUGUGAGGAGAGAGCUGGAGAAGUGGAACGGUCAAGAGAAGCAACACAGCAGAGGGUCCAGGACUCAAAUGACCGUCCCUUUCCCUUCUUCUUUCCCCUGAGAUGCUCUGUUCAGAUUCCUUCUCCUGUCCAGAACAGCCAGUCAUGCCUUACACUCUCAUCCACAUGUGCCCCUCUGCCCUCCAAAGCAUCUAGUCUUGACUAAGCACUGCUGUUUACUGCUGUAUAUGAAAGACAUGUGUUGUAUGUAACUUACCGUACCUACUGAAAAAGCACACGGCGUGACUCCUGAUGUGUAUGUCCACGUCUUUGUGAUCCAUGUACCAGAGUCAUUUCUGCAUGUAGUUACAGCAACAGAGACCAUUUGUAAGGCAUUAGAUGAGAUACUGAUCAAUAACUUAGAGACUUAGACAUUCCCUUUAUGAGCAACCAAGCUGCAUCCUGGUCUGAAGCACACAAUGAGGCUGAGAUUCAUCCCCCUUGUAAACAGUUGUGAACAGAGGUGGAAAGGGAUUAGUGCUAGUUCUACUGCCCUAUUGAAGUAGCACUCUUACUUGACUCUAUUAUUACUGAAGCAGAACUUAAGUACAAGUACAAUAGAAGCACUUUUGAGUAGUCACAUGAUGUAUGGUCACUGUGAAAGGACAUACCUUUCCAAUCCUAAUCCCCAGCAUGCUCUCCAAAGGGGUGACCAUCUGUUAUUUGUUUUCUCAGAUUACUUUAUGACGGAAAAGAUUAUCAAAGCAAAAUCCUACAGUCAAUCAUUCUGUUAGACUUGCAUUUCAAAAAGGAGUUGAAUGAAGGUCUUAAACAAAUCUCACAGUGUCAAAGUUGAUAUAAUGAUUUUAGAAGUAGAAGAAGAGCUGGAACCAUCAAAUAUUUGGUAUUUUUAGCGGCUCUAGGGAUGGCAAUGUCCGUCUAUCGGUCAUUGGUCCUCCACUUUGUUCCAGAUUGAAAUAUCUCAACAAAUAUUGGAUGGAUUGCCAUGGAAUUUGGUACAACCAUUCAUGUUCCCCAAAGGAUGAAUCCUAUCAACUUUGGUGGUCCUCUGACUGUUCAUUUAGCGCCACCAUGAGGUUGACAUUCAUGGUCUUCGGUGGAAUGUCUCAACAAAUAUCAAAUAGAUUGACAUAAAUUUUUUUACAGACAUUCACGGUCCCCUCAGGAUGAAUUGUAAUAACUUUGAUUGAUCCCCUGAAUUUUCCACUAGAGCCAUCGACAUUACAAAAUUUUAAUUUUCCAGUUCUUUGGUUCAUAAGUAAAUACUUAAAUACUUACAGUACAUACUUACUACUUACAUUAGUUUAUAGAAAACUAAUGAUAUUCCCCUCAACCCCAAGCUACCAUUUGUGUUUCGUAAAUUAGCAAACGUUGGCAAACAGUAUACCUGCUAAACAUCACAUGUUAGCAUUGUCAUUGUGAGCAUGUUAGCAUGCUGAUGUUAGCAUUUAGCUCAAAACACCACUGUGCCAAAGCACAACCUCACCGAGCCGCUACCAUAGCUGUAGACUCUUAGUCUUGUUGUUUGAUGAAUGACAAACAAUUAACUAGUUUUCUGUUCAUCGAUUAAUCGGUUAAUUGUUUCAGCACAACAGAAAAAUACAGGUUCCUGAAAAAUGUACUUACAGUAACAAAUGUACUUACAGCUGGUUACUUUCCACCCAUGCUGGUUACUUUCCACCCCUGCUGGUCUAAAAAAAAUCUCUGGCACAAAGUCUAGACAGAUUACACAAUACUUUAACUAGCUUUGAUGUAAACUUACAUAACACUGUAUCAGUGUGAUAAGUAAACUGCAUGGUAUUAGAAUAAACAGAGGUAGAAGAACAAAAAGUAAAAGUAAAGUAAGUAAAGCACUGAUGAUGAAAUCACUCUACACUCAGCAGUGAUUUUAGGUGCAUUCCCAGGAUCCCUGAGACGGGGGCUGUGUGUUAUAGUUUGAGUCAGCACUGAGGCGAGCUGACUUCAUCUCAGGGGGUGGAGUUUGGGGGGGAGGGGGCUGAUAAUGGGUAAAUGGACUCAGCGGUCCACCAUCCUGUGAUGAAUCACGCAGCUCACAAAAACAAUUCUCAAGUUAAACCCUGUAAAACCAUUUUUCAUGUGGAAUGCCAGUUUUGUUUGCUUGUCCUUGGCAAACCCUCAGCUCUGAACUCCCAGGGCAAAACAGUUUCACACUGCACAAUUAUAGUAAUAAUACAUGGUGUUCACUGUACAACAUACUUUAGAUGAGAGACUUGUGCAAUACCCAAUUACCGAAGAAACUCUAUGUACAGCAUGUACUAUCUCUGUUGUGUCUGGUUUCCAAGCAUUAAACUUACUGUAUUCAAGCCUAUUUUGUCCCAUAUGUGUUACAGGAAUAUUUUGAAAUAAAAACAUCUUUCCAUAGA